UUAGAGGAUCUGUGUGAUGCCAAAAGCUUCUAUGUUUAGAUACAGUUUAUCAAAUAAGUCAGACGAUAAGCCUCUUUUAUGUAUACAUCGAUAUCUAAACUGAAGAUGGGCUUCGUGCACUGAUUUUAUUGUCAUUUAUAUUUUAUAAGUAAAGCAAAGCAAAGCAAAGCAAAGUAAAGCAAAGCAAACCAUCCAAUUACCCAGAUUGUGGGUGACAUAGUAGCAACGCCCAGAUAAGAUUUGCACAUACAGGGUGUUGCCCAGCCCGGUGGUAAGGGCGACAGAUGACGGCGCCACAACGGCCGCUGGUGUAGCCUGUAUAGUUUAUCAAUUUUGAGACGUCGCCUAUGCUCGGCUGGCAGGCAGAGGCCACUUUUAUUUAAGAACUGCUUGCCCAAAUCGUAUAUAAUCAGUUAAAUGACGGCGUUAGAGCGUAUAACUCAAUUGCCAGUAGAACGGGCCAAAGACUCGAACCCCCAAUAGCGAUUACACAAUUUCACAUUGCCACGAAAGUGUACGGAAUCGGAGCUACAAGAGUGAGAUAGACAGAGAGAGAGAGAGAGAGAGAGAGAGAGAGACCAAGAGAGAGCGAGAUCAUGAUGCUGCAUCGCAUCCAUCAGUUACUUCUGUAUGCACUUUGUCUACUCUUUCUGGUCGUACUCUGUGCCCCAGCACCGGGCGAAUCGCGCCGUGUGAUCUUUUUCGCGCCUCCCGGCAUUGCCCGGGGCCAGAUACUGGCCACGCAUGGCCUGGAGAAACCCUGCCAGAAGUGCCACAUGAGAGACCAUCGGGGCAACUGCCGGCGCCUAAUAUCGUACAGUUCAGAUGGCUCGCGCUGUUGACAUCGCGACCGGACGUCAUUAAACGCCAUCAACUGAAUCUCCAAUUCUCUCAGAAACUAAACAACCAAAGCCCAAACACGCCAUUACACCUAUUUAUUCGCGUUCAGUGCACUAUUUAUUACAUUACUUUCACACCUUAUUUUUACAGUUUUAUGAAUGUCUGUAAUAGCUUUACAAUUAUUUCGCUUGCAAUUAUAUAGUUUCUAAAGCAAAACUCAAAAUACAAUUACAAUUUGUUCAUGGAUCGUAGA